AUUAAAGUGGGUUGUCUACUCCGUUCUUAUCUUACUCGCACCAGUAGCAAAAGCUGGGUGGGGCGUCGGCGAGAAAAUCUGCGACGCUCGGCAGUGAAGAAAGAGCGAGACAGAUAGAUGGCUUCCCCCUUCGGCGACGAUGACACGUACGUGGGCUAUGAUCCCCGGCUUCCUUCCCAGCGCUACGAGGCCUACCCAAACUUCGCCGCCGACGAGGAUUCCGGUGAUCCCACAGUAAUAUCCGACGAUCAUCUUACUUCUGGCUUCCAUGACGUCUCUGGUGGAGCCUUCGGUCCUGACGAGAACGUCCAAGUUCACCAUGUUUCUGGCCGCAGCAGUAUCCCUCCUUCUCCCGAGGGUUUCGGCUACAACCCGGAUCCGCUAGCGGACUUCUCCGAGCCUUCUCCUUUCAUCAUACCGGAACCUAAUGGGAAGGCUUAUGGAGAGGAGGAGAAUGGAAGCUUCUUCGCCUCUGAUGGUCCGAUACUCCCGCCCCCAAGCGAGAUGCAUCCAGAGGAAGGGUUUAUUCUGCGGGAGUGGCGCCGCAAAAAUGCUAUUCAUCUCGAGGAAAAAGAGAAGAAAGAAAAGGAACUCCGUAAUCAAAUUAUUGCUGAAGCUGAAGAAUUCAAGAUAGAGUUCUAUGAGAAGCGGAAACUGAACAAGGAGACUAACAAAUCCAACAACAGAGACAAGGAAAAGAUUUUCCUGGCCAGUCAAGAGAAGUUUCAUAACAAUGCAGAUAAGCAAUACUGGAAAGCAAUUGCUGAACUCAUACCAAAUGAAGUACCCAACAUCGAGAAGAAAAGAGGGAAGAAGGACGCUGAGAAGAAACCAUCCAUUCUUGUCAUUCAAGGCCCGAAGCCUGGAAAGCCUACUGACCUAUCAAGGAUGCGUCAGCUUAUCAUAAAGCUGAAGCAUAAUCCGCCGCCGCACAUGAAACCGCCACCACCUGCUCCUGCUGCUACUCAACCUGCCAAAGAGGGCUCCGCAGGUAAUGCAGUUGCUGAAAAGAAAUCAGGUAGCAGUAGCCCUCCUGAAGGGACAAAUGUGGCCGUAACAGCAUCAGUAACAAAUGGAUCGUCACGAGCAAAGGAUGAUGUGCCUGUAGAAGCUACAGGAGCAGUAGCUAGAGAAACAUCUGCAGCACUAGCUGGUUAACUUAGUCUUACACUUUAUUCUAAUGUAUGUUAUCGCUACUGAAAAAAGUAGUAAGCCCCAUUAUUAUGAUGUAAUUUUCGGAUUUGCUUGGCUAUCUUCUCCUUGUUUAUUGUCAGAAUCGGUUCUUGAGGAUGGCUCUAUGGUAUCCUGUCUAAAAUGUGUGGUUGUGAUCAUUUUUAUAUGGUUUGAUAUCUUCUGAUAAGUUCAUGGUAAUAUUUGAUGA